UGCUGGGAGGCUGGUGAUGCUGUCAGAUGCCUUGACAAGCAGUAUGAAUACAGAGACAGGUGCUGCAACCGAUGUCGGCCAGGGGAAAAGCUGGUCUCUGAAUGCAGUGGUACAGAGGACUCUGUCUGCACCCCCUGCGAGAGCGGCCACUACCAGCAGAGCUGGACCAAGGAGAGGCACUGUGCCCCCCACGAUAUCUGUGAAGACAACACUGGCCUCAUCGUGAAGACACACGGCAACGCGACGCACAACACAGUGUGCCAGUGCCGGGCUGGCAUGCACUGCUCCGACACCAGCUGCCAGACGUGCGUGGAGAACCAGCCCUGCCCGCACGGCUUUGGCUUCAUGGCAGCCAAAGCCAUGGCCCGGAUGUCAUCCCCAUGUGAGCCCUGUGCAGAAGGCACCUUCUCCAAUGUCUCUUCCAAAACUGAGCCAUGCCAUCCCUGGACAAGCUGUGAAGAAAAGGGGCUGAUGGUGAAGGUGAAAGGGACCAACACUUCAGAUGUGAUCUGCGAGUCGGGCAGGCGCUCCUCGCUCUCAGUGCUCAUCCCUGUCGCUGCUAUGGUUGUCACGUGCCUCGUGGGCAUCUUCAUCUACUACUACCUGGUGCACAGGGCUGGGAGACCUGAAGAGAACCUGGAGACACAUCAGCCCACGGAGGAGUGGGAGGAUCCCUUCCCUGUGCAGGAGACGCUGCUCAGGGGCCAGCCCGUGGCACAGGAGGACGGCAAGGAGAGCCGCAUCGCCGAGC